AUGAUACAAAAUAUGAUUAUGGAAUUAUUGUUUACAAUAGGAUAUGUUGUGAUCAUCUUCGAAGAAUCCUUCUCUAUCAAUAAAAGUGGAAUAGGACUUUUGAUGGCCGUGAGUUUGUGGGUUGUGCGAAGCUUCGGGGCUCCUUCUCUUGUAAUUGUUGUUUUAGAGCUUCAACAUGCAACUAUUGAAGCUAGUCAAAUAGUGUUCUAUUUGCUCGGCGCAAUGAUCAUUGUGGAGAUAGUUGAUGCUCACCAAGGAUUUAGGCUGAUUACAGAUUAUAUAACAACCCGGAAACCAAUAUUACUUUUAAGGAUGGUUGGUUUUGUGACAUUUUUCCUCAGCUCGGUUCUUGACAACCUAACAACUACUAUUGUUAUGGUUUCUCUUCUGAAAAAGCUGGUUCCUCCAUCGGAAUACCGCAAACUUUUAGGAGGAGUUGUGGUAAUAGCAGCGAAUGCAGGAGGAGCUUGGACUCCUACUGGUGAUGUUACUACAACUAUGUUAUGGAUACAUGGCCAUAUAUCAUCAUUUUCGAUAAUGAAGAAUCUUAUUUUACCUUCGGCGGUUUCUAUCAUUUUUCCAUUGGCUCUCAUGUCAUUAACUAGUGAAGUAAACGGAAUGAGACUGAGUACUCCUCCUAGACUAUUACUAGCUUCUGAACAGAUUGCUCCAAGAGGAAAACUUGUAUUUGGAGUUGGAUUUGGAGCUUUGAUUUUAGUUCCAAUGUUUAAGUCUUUAACCGGGCUGCCUCCUUACAUGGGUAUCUUGUUGGGUGUUGGAGUUCUUUGGAUCUUGACAGAUGCGAUCCAUUACGGUGACUUAGAGAGACAAAACCUAAAAGUUCCUCAUGCUUUGUCUCAAAUUGACAUACAAGGAGUUCUGUUUUUCCUAGGGAUUCUGUUAUCCAUCAGCAGUCUUGAAGCGGCUGGGAUUCUCAGAGAGAUUGCCAACUAUCUUGAUGCACAUAUAUCAAAUGUUGAACUCAUUGCAAGUGUUAUAGGUGUUGUAUCAGCCAUCGUAGAUAAUGUCCCAUUGGUCGCAGCAACAACGUCGAUGUAUGAUCUCUCAACAUUCCCUCAAGAUUCUAGGUUUUGGCAGCUCAUUGCCUUUUGCGCUGGAACCGGUGGUUCCAUACUUAUCACUGGUUCUGCUGCUGGAGUAGCCUUCAUGGGUAUGGAGAAAGUAGAUUUCUUUUGGUACUUCCGUAAGGUGAGUGGUUUUGCUUUUGUUGGUUAUGCUGCUGGUAUCGCGACAUACAUUGCGGUUCAAGGUCUUCUCCCUCUUCAGCUUCCAACGACUGUAUCUCACAUCCCUUUGCUCGCUGAUUCAUAG